UAAGCAUAGAUAAGAUCCCCCAUAUUACAAGCUAAGUGAUAUUUCCAGUAGGAAAUUAACAAGAUGUCUUUUGUUCUGGAAACCCUCAAGAAUCUCUUGCUAUCUUAUCUUCGUAAUUUCAUUCACAAAGAUUUUCAUGCUACCGUGGAAAGAAUGACACUCAUCGACAAAAUUUCAUUUACGAUGAUUCACUUCGUUGAUACACUGAAAAUGUGGCACCGGCUACCGGUGUUCUUGGGGCUAUUUUAUCUAGCAAUUCGUCGGCAUCUUCACCAGCAAUACAAUUUGAUCAACGUGGGUAGAACACCUACCGGCGUCCGAUCAAAUCCAGCUGAUUACCCUUAUAGAACUGCUGAUGGAAAAUACAACGAUCCCUUCAAUGAUGCUUCAGGCAGUGAAUUUUCAUUUUUUGGGAGGAAUAUGAUGCCUGUUGAUCAGAAUAAUGAGUUAACGAAGCCAGACCCAAUGGUAGUGGCAACGAAGCUGCUAGCCCGUAAAAAGUUCAUUGACACAGGAAAACAAUUCAACAUGAUAGCUGUCGCGUGGAUACAAUUCAUGAUUCAUGAUUGGAUCGAUCAUUUGGAAGACACUCAGCAAAUUGAGCUAAAGGCACCUGAAGAAGUUGCAAGUGAGUGCCCUCUCAAGUCCUUUAAGUUUUACAAGUCCAAGAAAAAUUCUACGGGCUUUUAUGAAAUCAAAACCGGUCACUUGAACAGGCGUACCCCUUGGUGGGAUGGAAGUGUUAUUUAUGGGAGUGAUGAAGAUGUUUUGAAGAAAGUAAGAACAUUUAAAGACGGAAAGUUGAAGCUAUCUGCUGAUGGACUCCUCGAACAAGACUCAAAUGGGAAAAUCAUCUCUGGUGAUGUUCGCAACCCUUGGGCUGGACUUUUGGCACUGCAGGCUCUCUUUGUUCAUGAACAUAAUCUUGUUUGUGACACCUUGAAGAAAGAAUAUCCAGAAUUGGAGGAUGAAGACUUGUAUCGUCAUGCAAGACUUGUCACUUCAGCUGUCAUUGCAAAAAUUCACACCAUAGAUUGGACUGUCGAGCUUAUCAAAACAGACACCCUUCUUGCUGGAAUGCGCGCAAACUGGUAUGGAUUGCUAGGGAAAAGGUUCAAGGAUGUAUUUGGGCACGUUGGAGGUUCCAUUUUAGGUGGCAUUGUGGGAAUGAAGAAACCUCAAAAUUAUGGAGUUCCAUACUCCUUGACCGAGGAAUUUACGAGUGUCUAUCGAAUGCAUCAACUCCUACCCGAAAAACUUCAACUAAGGAAUGUAGAUGCUGCACCUGGACCAAACAAAUCUCUCCCCCUGAUUAAUGAGAUUCCGAUGGAAGAUUUAAUUAGGGUCAAAGGUGAGGAGCAUUUAUCAAAAGUAGGGUUUAUUAAGCAAAUGGUUUCAAUGGGCCAUCAAGCUAGUGGAGCUCUUGAGCUUUGGAAUUAUCCAGUGUGGAUGAGGAAUCUUAUUGCCCAAGAUGUUGAUGGAACUGAUAGGCCAGAUCAUGUUGACCUUGCGGCUCUUGAAAUUUAUAGGGAUAGAGAAAGAAAUGUUGCUAGGUACAAUGAAUUUCGCAGGAGAAUGCUACAAAUUCCCAUCUCCAAAUGGGAAGAUUUGACAGAUGAUGAGGAAGCCAUUAAAACGCUUCGUGAAGUAUAUGGUGAUAAUGUAGAAGAAAUGGAUCUGCUAGUGGGAAUGGCAGCGGAGAAAAAACUUAAGGGUUUCGCCAUCUCUGAAACUGCCUUUUUCAUAUUCCUUCUCAUGGCUUCAAGGAGGUUAGAGGCAGAUCGUUUUUUCACUAGUAAUUAUAACGAGGAGACAUACACAAAGAAAGGACUUGAAUGGGCGAAUACAACUGAAAGCUUGAAAGAUGUACUUGAUCGUCAUUAUCCAGGGAUGACCGAGAAAUGGAUGAACUCCAACAGUGCAUUCUCCGUGUGGGACUCUUCUCCGGAACCUCCAAAUCCCAUUCCAAUCUACUUCCGUAUUCCUAAGCAAUAG